AUGGAAUUCACUCAGGAUCAGUUAGGAGUACUUGGUGCUGUCUUCGCAGAGAUGGGAUUUAAUCCAGGUGAUGAGGUUAGUGAGGCAACUGUAAAGGAAUGGAUUAAGACGAAGGCCAUUAAAGUGGAUCCUGAUGUGCAGCCGGCACCUGCCCAUACUGUGACAGUUAAUCCUGCGGUGAGGAUUUCAGUUUUUUCAGGGGAGGAAAAGGACACAGCUUAUGAUGUGUGGCGAUAUGAGGUGGGGUCCUUGUUUGUAACACAUGGAGAGGAAGUGGUGGCCACAGCAUUAAGAAGGUCAUUGAAGGGUAGAGCCAGCAAGGUAGCGAUGAAUGUGGGACCUAAGGCAAGUGUAGGGGAGAUUGUUGCCAAGAUGGACAGCAUAUUUGGAGCAGUUGAGAAAGGGGAAACCUUGUUAGCCAAAUUCUUCAGUGCUCGUCAGAAGGAGGGAGAGGAUGUGUCUUCAUGGAGUUGCAGGCUUGAGGAUAUUAUGAAUAAGGCAGUACAACAAGGAGAUGUCCCAAAUCGGAAUGCAGAGGGAAUGCUACGUACAAUGUUCUGGACUGGGUUGAGACGAGAAAUCAAAGAUGUUACUGGUCACAAGUAUGAUACUGUCAGACCAUUUAUUGCAGUACGCCAAGUCGAACGGGAUUUGAUCCAGCGGGAAGAGGAGACGACUCCAGGUAAGGCAGCUGAUAAGGUCAAACCUGUUGCGCAUAUGGCUGCGGCUACAGAUGAGCUGAAAGAGAUGAAGGGACUUAUCCAGCAAUUGACAACAGAUAUGGCGGAAAUGAAGAAAACCCAACAAAAAUCUACAGUAAAGCAGAGUGGAGAUAAAGCAGACAAGGGUAAAGGUUCCCAUAGUAACCGGAAGAAAGGAUCUCAGUCCUGGUAUCAGUCCAAUUAUACUCAUGGCCAGCAGCAGGAGAGCUUUCAGCCACAGCAGCUAAACCCAGUUCAACCACAGCAUAUCCAGGCCCAGCAAUGGGGCAAUCUUCCACCACCACAGUAUCGAGGAAAUGAGCCCCAAUGUUACAACUAG